GAUCAGGUAUUGUUUAGGUUCAGGCAACAAGGCUACAGAGAUUUCUGGUGUGUCUCUCUGGCAGCCUUGUUUCCAGUCAGGUUUUUACAUCAUGAGGUUUCCAAUCCGUGGCCCCAGUGAUGAUAAAACACAAACUCAGUGCCGACUUUUUGCUCCUGUCCUGAUGAAACGAUACGUCUUUGUUGGAGGACGUGAAUUCUCUUCUCCUGACUGAGUCGUUCUGCCUUCCGUAGAUCCAUGAUCACGAGGAACAUUUCAAGCGUAUGAACGAAGACAGCCUGAUGCACUCCCCGGAGUUUGUGAUUAAACCUCGCUCCCACACUGUGUGGGAGAACCAGUGUGUGCGACUGCACUGCACUGUCACCGGCUGGCCUGACCCCCGGGUCGUCUGGUACAAGAACAAUGUGCCUAUUGACCCCCUGUCCAACCCUGGCAAGUAUAAGCUCGAGAGCAGAUACAACGUGCACUCCAUGGAGAUUAACAAAUGUGAUUUUGAUGACACGGCGCAGUAUCAAGUCUCGGCCAUGAACGCCAAAGGAGAGCUCUCUGCCUACGCCUCUGUGGUGGUCAAAAGGUUUAAAGGGGAAGUCGAUGAGUUUCUGCCAGCACCCAGACCAGGGGCAGUGGCGAGUAUUAAAGAGGGUCCAGUGUCUGAAUACGGCAUCACCUUCCAGACUCAGAUCGUUGACAGGUUUGGUGUGUCGUUUGGACGAGAGGGUGAGACCAUGAGCCUGGGCUGCACUGUCAUCAUCUACCCCGCCCUGCAUCGCUACCAGCCUGAGGUGCAGUGGUACAAAGACGAUGUUCUGUUGACUUCGUCCAAAUGGUACAACAUGCACUGGAGCGGAGACAGAGCCACGCUGACGCUUGCACACCUCAACAAAGAGGACGAGGGUCUCUACACCCUGCGGGUCUCCACCAAGUCCGGAUACGAAACCUACUCUGCCUAUGUCUUUGUCAGAGACACUGAUGCCGAGAUCGAAGGAGCCCCAGGCGCUCCUCUGGACGUCCGCUGUCUGGACGCCAACAAGGACUACAUCAUCGUCACGUGGAAGCAGCCUGCUGUGGACCGGGGCAGCUCCAUCCUGGGCUACUUUGUGGACAGGUGUGAGGUCGGAACCAACCACUGGAUCCAGUGCAACGACACACCAGUAAAGUUCGCCCGUUUCCCUGUGACUGGUUUGGUGGAGGGUCGCUCUUAUUUCUUCCGUGUGCGCGCCGUCAACAAGUGUGGCAUGAGUCACCCGUCCAGAGUCUCGGAGCCAGUGGCCGCCAUGGACCCCGCGGACCGGGCCCGCAUGAGAGGCACUUCUGCUCCUUGGACUGGUCAGAUCAUCGUCACUGAGGAGGAACCAGCAGAGGGCAUCAUUCCUGAAAAACCCCAAGAACUGCAGGUGACAGAGGCAACGAAGAACUAUCUGGUACUGAGCUGGAAGCCACCGGGAGAGAAAGGACUGGAGGGCGUCAUGUACUACGUGGAAAAGUGUGUCUCAGGCACCGACAGCUGGCAGAGGGUCAACACAGAGAUCCCAGUCAAGUCUCCUCGCUUCGCGUUGUUCGAUCUCGCCGAAGGGAAGUCCUACAGAUUCCGUGUCCGGUGCUGCAACUCCGCCGGUGUCGGUGAACCAUCUGACCCAACCGAGGCCACCACCGUGGGCGACAAGCUUGAUAUCCCAUCUGCCCCAAGCAAAGUUGUUCCCACCAGAAACACAGACACAUCAGUUGUCGUGUCUUGGGAGGCGUCCCGUGAUGCCAAGGAGUUGGUGGGAUACUACAUUGAGGGAAGCAUUGUCGGCAGCAACGUGUGGGAGCCGUGUAACAACAAGCCUGUGAAUGCUACCAGGUUCAUCUGCCACGGGUUGAUGACAGGAGAGAAGUACGUGUUCAGAGUCAGAGCAGUCAACGCUGCAGGACUGAGUCAGUUCUCCCCGGAGUCUGAGCCUGUGGAGGUAAAGGCUGCAAUCGGGGGCGGCAUUCCACAUGGUGUGUUACAGGAGAUGGGGCCGGGGGGUAAAGCGGGCCAACUAACUGAGCACAGACCACGCUGGACGGGCACGCAUGACCCUGUCCAGUCCCUCCCUGACACUAAGCUUAAAGCUCAGACUGACACUGACACUAGAGAGGAGAGUGGGUCAGAACCCACGGGAAUAGAACCCACCUCCUCCCCACAGAACAAAACCAAAGGGGCCAAGAAAGGCAGUGUGUCCUGGGCCCCUGACCUUGAAAGAGACCUGGUCUCAGAGUCGUCGUCAGACGCAGUUUCUAACUCACACACCGACACAGAAACAGCAGCACACCUAGAACCAGACCCUGCCCCGGGGCAGGAUGUAGAUUUAGGUUCUGCCACGGUCGCUGACGCCGGGCAGGAACGUAAGUUCUCAUUAGACUCUAACGUUUCUAAACAGGAGACGGAGAAGCCGAGGAGAGACUCGUCAGCCUCCCCUGCUCCGCCCUACGGCAUCACCGUCCUGGAGUGCGUGCGUGACUCCAUGGUGCUGGCCUGGAAGCAGCCGACCUUCGCCGGCGGUGCUGACAUCACAGGCUACUUCGUGGAUUACCGCGAGGUGAUCGAUGGCGUCCCAGGGCAGUGGCACGAGGCCAACAUCAAGGCUAUCAGCGAGCGUGCCUACAGAGUGUCUGAUCUGAAAGAGAACAGGAAGUACCAGUUCCAGGUCCGAGCAACCAACAUGGCAGGUGUUGGCAUCCCCUCGAUGCCGAGUGACACCUUCCUGUGUGAGGAGUGGACCAUCGCGGUGCCGGGACCUCCUCAUGACCUUCAGAUCACAGAGGUCAGGAGUGAUUCGGUGGUUCUGCUCUGGAAACCCCCGGUGUACCAGGGUCGUGACCCGGUCAACGGAUUUUACCUGGACAUCAAAGAGGCUGGCGCUGCGGAGGAAGCGUGGCGAGGAGUCAACACCAAGGCUACGGAGAAGACGUUCAUGAAGAUCAAGAACCUGACGGAAGGCGAGACCUACGUGUUCCGCGUCCGCGCUCAGAAUAAAGCCGGCGUUGGUAAAACCUCGGAGGUGACAGAACCGGUCCCAGCUCUCACCAAACCAGGCACCAAGGAGAUAGCUGUGAACGUAGACGACGAGGGCGUGGUCUCCCUGAACUUUGAAUGCGGUGACAUAACCUCUGACUCCAAGUUUGUGUGGUCCAAGAAUUACGAGCAAAUCACAGACUCCUCCCGCUUGACUGUAGAGACCAAGGGAAACAAGUCCAAGGCUGUGUUCUCCUCCCUCGGGGAAGACGACAUCGGUGUCUACUCCUGUCUCGUCACCCACACUGAUGGUGCUUCAUCCAGCUACGACCUCUCAGCAGAAGAGUUGAAGAGGCUGCUGGUGGUCAGUCAUGAACACAAAUUCCCCAUCAUCCCUCUGAAGUCAGAGUUGGCCGUGGAGAUGCUGGAGAAGGGCAGGGUUCGCUUCUGGCUGCAGGCGGAGAAGAUUUCGGGUGAUGCCAAAAUCGAAUACGUCUUCAAUGAUGUGGCUAUCUCUCAGGGGGAGAAAUACAAGAUGAACUUUGACAAAAACACCGGCGUGAUCGAGAUGUUCAUGGACGCUCUGACACCAGCAGACGAGGGAACCUUCACCUUCCAGCUGAAAGACGGCAAAGCAACCAACCAGUCCAGCCUAGUACUGAUAGGAAAUGUUUUUAAGGAGCUACAGAAGGAAUCGGAGUUUCAGAGGAAAGAGUUUUUCAGAAAACAAGGUCCGCACUUUGUCGAGUACCUGAGUUAUGAGGUGACCCCGGAGUGCUCUGUGGUGCUGAAGUGCAAGGUGGGCAACGUGAAGAAGGAGACCACGGCCGUGUGGUACAAAGACGGACGUGAGAUUAAAGCAGACGAACAUCUGGGCUUCACUGAGGGAGUGUUGAAACUGGAAAUCGCUCAGUGUGACUGUCCUCCAAACACUCCGCCCAAUGAAGUAGUCUGGAAAAAACUCAAAAUUUCCAAGAAGGAUUCUGGGAUGUACGAAGUUGUCCUGAAGGACGACAGAGGGAAAGACACGGCCACGCUGAACCUGAAGGAUCAGGGUUUCAAGGACUUGAUGAAUGAGGUUUUCAGUUUCAUUGCCAACUCCUCCACUCCACUGAAGAUCACCAGCACAGAGAAGGGCAUCAGACUCUACACCUUCGUCAACAUCUACAACGACUUACUCCAAGUGACGUGGCACUACAAAGAUUCGGCCAUCUCCUUCUCUGACCGUAUCAAGAGCGGCGUGGUGGGAGAGCAGCUGUGGCUGCAGAUCUCUGAGCCCACGGAGAAGGACAUGGGCAAAUACGCCAUCGAGUUCAACAUGGGAAACGGAAGUCUGAGGAGAGAAGUGGAGCUGUGUGGUCAAGCAUUUGAUGACGCUUUCGCAGAAUUCCAGAGACUCAAAGCCGCGGCUGUUGCAGAGAGAGGUCGUGCUCGAGUCGCUGGAGGUUUGCCUGACGUGGUCACCAUCCAGGAGGGCAAGGCUCUCAACCUCACCUGCAACAUCUCCGGUGAUCCCCUACCGGAGGUCACCUGGCUGAAGAACGAGAAGGAGAUCGCAUCGGACGAGCACUGCAUCCUGAGGUUCGAGUCCGGAAAGUUCGCCAGCUUCACCAUCACCGCGGUGAGCGUGUCCGACUCGGGCAAAUACAGCAUCCUGGUGAAAAACAAGUACGGCACAGAGAGCGGAGACUUCACCCUGGAGACCACCGAGGGUUUACCCGACCUGGGGGUGACCUCCUACUGGACCGACGCAGACGGAAAUGUGAUGUUUGGUCCAAACACGCCCCAACAAAAGAUGGAAGCUGUGCAAAAGAAAAAAGAAUCACUGGGUAAAACGAGUCCACAGAAAACAGAGAAAAGUCAAACUGAGGUGAAAAGGAAGGAUUCUGUUGCUGCUGCUGCUGCUGAGGAAGAAGAAGAACUGAAACCUGGACGUUCAGAAGUAACUGAAGCAGAGUAGAAUUAUGGUAGAAAAAUGGUAAAACACGGCUAAAUACUUUGAGGUUUGUUGUUUUAGUGACACUUUAGUGACGGUGUUUGGUUUACAUAUGAAAUAACCAACAACUUUUACUCACACCAAAAACUUUGUCACUCACAUGUCUCUCUUCAUUGAUCACCUGACACAGACUGAGCGUAACGUUUGCCUCAUUUUAAAAAUGUAAGUUUUGUUUCAUAUAUACUUGUUUAUAUAUAUAUAUAUAUUUUUUUUUUUUUGCCCAAAGGUUUUACCCAAACCUACACCCAACAUUUUGGUAAUUGGAUAAUAAUCUUGAAGACUCUUCAUCAACUUUCUGAUUUUAAUUUGACACAUUUUCCUUCCUCUGGGAAACCCCAGUGUUGUCAUGGUAGAGCUGGACUCAGCUGCUCCGUCGUCAGGCAAUAAAAAAACCUGUACUUCCCCUUUACAGCUGAUCAGAUGACUAUUUUUAGU